AUGCUACAUGCUUCUACAGCUCAUCACGAUUCACGACACGCACCCGAUUCCACGACCUUGCAGCGGCUGAAGCUGAAGCUGAAGCAGGGAAUGGCAACUACCAUGACCUACCAAAAAGAUGCCGCUGAGAGCGGUACUACGGGCCCAGUGAGGAAGAAGCUCAAGACGAGCGAUAUCCCGCUCUCGAGCGCGACGCGUCAGAGCAUCGACGAUCUGGCGCACAAGUUCAAGAAGAAGGGUGGCUACGACAGCUUGCGCAAGCAGGUGUGGGAGGAUCUGGAGAAGAGUGAUUUCGAAGCCGAGUUCCAACAGAACCUGAUCAAGGUCGCCGAAGAAGAGAUCGAGAAGAACCCCUCCCAGCUGCUGAAACUGGAUCGCGGGAAGGCGGCUGCGCUGAUCGAAGGAGCCGUUGAUCGAGCGGGCGUGUACCAAACAGCAGAGUCGCGCAUCGAUGCGUUGAUCGAUGCACACCUGGAGGAAAUUGAGACGGGGAUCCGGGUGCUGAGGAAGGAGGAUGUGGGUGAGGAGACGGCGCUUAUGGAGCACGCUCGGGGUGGGAAGACGGAUGAGCAGUAUGCGGAGGAUGCGAAGAGGAGGAGGGAGGCGAGAGAGAAAGUGAGGCAGGAGGCGAGGGAGAAGGAGUUGGCCUUUCUUGAUGAGAAGAGGAAGGAGGAGAGAGCUAGGCGUAAGGAGGAAGAGAGGAAAGCAGAGAUGGAGCAGGAGAAGAGGAGGGCUGAAAGAGAGGCUCGGAGGAAGGCUGAAAGGGAGAGGGAGGAGGAGAAGAGUAGGGAAAGAGAACGAGAACGAGAGAGGGAAAGGGAAAGAGACAGGGAUAGGGAGCGGGAGAGAGAGCGGGAACGAGAACGGGAACGAGAGAGAGAUAGGGAUAGAGAGAGGGAUCGUGGCAGAGACAGAGACCGCGACCGCGAACGAGACUUGCGCGAUUCGCGAGACUCACGAGACGAUCGAUAUAAGAAGUCUGACGAACCAAGCCGACGCGAUUCGACUCGAGACGUCAAGGAGGUUUCAGUCAAGGAGGUUUCAGUCAAGCCGGAGUUGUCAAAGGAGGAAAUCGAGCGCUUGGAGCAGGAAGCUUUGAACGAUCUAUUGAAGGAGGGCAAAAAACUAUCGCAGCGGUCGAGACACCAGUUGGAAAUCGAAAUCGAUGAAUCCCUGGCACCACCCCCAAAGAAAAUCGCCCCAGCUUCUGCGAUUAACGUCGAUGUCAAGAAACCAAUAGCCCCCCCAACUGGACCCAAGGCUGAUGCAUUCAAGACGCCCUAUCGUCCCUCUGAUAAGUACGACGAUCGUUAUGACCGGAGAAGGAGCCGUAGCCGGGACCGGGACCGGGACCGGGACACGAGGAGAUCCAGAAGCCGGAGCCGCCGCCGCGACACCGAGACCGCAGCCUAUCUCCUGAUCGACGACGAAGCUACCGCUCAGACAGCCGCCACCGUGACAGAAACAGCAUCCGUGACCGGAGCCGAGAUCGACGCGAAGAAGAAGCUAAGAGGUGGAAGGCCGACCAAGCUGCCCGUGAGAAGAUUCCCCCGCUGCCUGGAUGGUCCGAACGCCCGAAACGGGAGGAGACGCCUAGGCGGACUGACGAUGCUCGAGUUACGAGUCCUGUGUCUGCACGGAAGAGAGAGAGUUCUCGCGAGAGAGGAAGAGAUAGGCGUGGCUCGAGAGUUAGGAGUCGGUCACGGUCCUCCAGACGCGGAAGCCGGAUCGAGAGGUCGACGAGCCCUGCAGGUAUCGAUCGAUACAUACCUGGAGCGAGCAGUAGCCGGAGCGCUCGUCGAGAUAGUACUGUCAAGCGAGAGAGAAGUCGAAGUCGGGACAGGGAUGCUAAAGAUAGAGACACCCGCCGAUCUCGUGAGGAGGAGAAGUCUCGUCGACGCAGCCGAUCGAGAAGUCGGAGUCGCAGACGAGAUAGAGAUCGGGACCGGACGAGGGCUAGGUCGCGAAGCCGCAGUCCGUAUAUGA